AAGGUGUUAUUUCUUAACUGGAACUACAGAUGGUGAUAUCUGCAGGAUUGAUUUAAAGCUGGUUGCAGAAUGUCACAUUUUUGAAUCAUCUGAAAAGGGGAUUUGUCUUCUUUUGUUAUUGUUGUUAUGUAAGGGGAAAAAAAAACAACCACAGUAAAUGAAAUGCCAUUUAAUUUUAUUUCUAAUACUUGAAGUUCUGCUCUGAUGGUUUCUUUUUUUGAGCUGAUACAUAUAGAAAUUUAUUCCAAAGUACUCAUUUGCAAAGUUAAAAUGAAAUGAACAAAGCUGACAAGUGUAGUUGUAUUGCAGAAAGAAUGGGGGCUACCUGUGUGCUAAAGAGAGCUUUUUAACUACCUGGGCCACCCUUAUAGUCAUUCUUUAAACAAAAUGAUAAUAAUAAUAAUACCUUGAUACUGAAAGUAAACAAACAAGAGGCAACGAAAAGCAUUAUUUUAUAGGUUGGUAUUUGAUAUAAAGUCUAAUUUUCCAUCUGUUUGCCAGUAACAAGGUUGUAAACCUGUCACUUAGCUUUUUUUUCCCCUAAAGUCUGAUACAUCUCCUUCAGAUCUUGACAGGAUGAACAAAGCUGAUUUGUUGCCUGUGCAUAAAAUGAAUAUUUGGGAAGCCUUUUUGAUCAAGUUGAUGAAGUUCAAUGCAUUGAUGAGUGUGCUGAUAAGGAAAAAGUUUUGUGUGUUUAUACUGAGAAAAAGUGCAGCCAUUUACAGACCCUUAACGCCCUGAGCUACUGAAAAUGGUUUUGAAAGCAGUGAUCGUGUGUGUACAGUAACUGUGCUGCUGUUUCAACUCACCAAGCCAGUAGAAAACUGUUAGCUGCAGAAGAGACUGAGGUCAAUGCUUUUUACAUGUCAUGGUGAAUGUUAAUUGCUUAAUUUUCAGGUUUGGCUCUUUACAUCUCCUUUUCAGGGAGACAUGAUCAAACUAGCCUUUAUAAGCACUUAGCACUGCACCCUAAGUGGUUCUAAAUCUUCUAUCACCAUACCUUUAGGGGAGCUGUGUUUCUGUCACCAAAGCUGUGUGCUGCUCUUACAUACCUCUGCAAAAGUGUACCAAUGAGUGACAGUUGAGAAGCAGAUUCAUUUUUGAUGUCAGAGUAAAAUAGUUUUUCUACCUUUUCCUAGAGCUAUAAGCUAGUAUUCAUAGUGAAAUACUUGAAGUCUCUUAAAGAUUAUUUGACAAACCUAUUACAAAUAUGUAUUUUUUAUUUAUGGAAGAAUGUAUUCAAAACUUCUAAUUGGGACAUUGAAAGAUAAAAUAAUAAGUAUACAUUUAAUCUUAUUAUAAGCAUUCCAUUUUUUUUAAAACAAAUAUGACUAUUUAGAAAAUUCUAUAACUUCUACUGAAGUCUGCCCACCACUUCAGUUCUUCAGUUAUGUCUAAGCAUGGAACUGCUUCAAAUAUGUGCUCAUGGCAUUAUAGCCUAGAAACCAAAGUCAAAGCUGUGACAUUUAGACUGCAAGUUGUUUUAAGAUUUAGGGUAUCAUUCUGUGUUCUUAUAUGCAUGCAGGUUUUGCAAGUCAAUCUCUCAUAAAAGAUCUUUUAAGCUCAAUUUCUCUGCGGUUCUUGAUGGGUUGUGGUCUAAAUUCUCUUAGAAAUGUGUAGUAUCAGAGCUAAUUUUGUCUCUCUGAAGUUUGGGAAUGGUACGCAAAAGCUUGUUACUUUGCAGUACGUUAUUCCAAUUGCUCCUUCCAUACAGAGUUAUCCUUCAUUUGCUCCAUCCUUCUGCUAUAGCACCAGUCUAGAGGUUUGCAGUAAUAGCAGGCACUGCAGAUGAUGUAGUGAAGAUCUGUCUGUCCUGUAGGCUGUUGCUUUUUUUGAAGUCUUUCAUGCUCAUUGAACUACCAAUGAAGAUUUUGCUUUCCUCCAAAUUCUUAAAUUACUUCAAGGCUUAUAUUAAAUGUUUAGAUGGGUACCUUUUUAUAUGUUAAAAGCACUCUUUUGGGAUCAACUCGGGCUUCUCUAUUUCCCAUUCAUGUCACUCUAAGUGUGAAAACAGUAUUAGACACCAGUACCUGACAACUGAAAUAUUUUACAGAAGUCUGCAAAAGUAGACCUGAGAUGCAUAAUGAAUGCCAGACCAAAACUGAAAAUGUGGAAUUCCUCACUGUGUCUGUGACUUGAAACCACCAAAACACCACCACCACAAAACAACAGAACCCACAACCGUGUGCCUUAAACCACUAAAUGAAUACACACUAACUGUAGCCUGUGAACUUGUGUAGCCUUGUUUUUCUUUUUUUGAAAUCAAAGGUAGUCGUGUGCAUCGUACUGAUAAUUGGUUUGAGGAAAGUCAUUUUUAAUUUGUUAUUUUAUUUUUUUUUAACUACAUUUACAGGCAUUAAGGUUUAUGAGAAGUGCAAUGCACUUACGGUUUGGAAUCACACCACCCAAAGGCAGGAAACUUUAGCUCACCUUAAUUUCUCAUUUCUUUCUAUAAUGGCAAAGAAAAUGAAGGGGAAAAAUUCACGUCAUCUUCUACAUCUUUGUAGGAAUUUUUCAAAUUUAUUUUCUUUAGAACUGUAGCUCAAGCAAAGUGCUUUAUUUUAGUCAUUAAGCAUCAACAUCUACUCAAAGUGGUAGAGUUGAGAGGCAGGGAUGCAUUUGUUUGCGAGCUUUCAGACAUUUGAAUAAGGAAUUUCAUGUUUUAGGAAAAAUGUCUAAGUUAGAAAAAACAAGUUCUGCUCUUAAAUCAUCAGAAAGAAAUAUUCAUGCUCUUAAAAUCCUGCUUUGAUGUAGUAAAAAAUAAAAUUGAAUUCUUACUGUUUAGCAUGAGGAAAUUGAGGGAAAGCCACUUCUCUAUGACUGUAUAUUUGGAACAAAAUCCCCAAAAUUCUUUUUUAUUCCCAGCAAUAGUACUAAGUAAAACUUGUUCUUGAAUAAAGGUGUCAUAUCUGGGAUACUAUCAGUGGGCUGUAGACGUUGAGAUGUGCACGCAAAAUGAUUUCAUCUCAGCUCAUCACAGUAAUUGGUGGCAAUACAAAUCAGUUCAUAACUUUCUUUUAUUGAGAUAUAACAUGAAUCUGGCUGCUGCAAUGCUGUUUUCAUUGUGGAAUAGCAGAAAACAUGUGGUUUGUUUGUUUGUUUGUUUUUGUCAGCCCUACUGAUUCCUUUGAGUAGCCUCUGAGUUCAGGACUGUUAGAACUUUUUCCAGUCACCUAUGUGUCUCUUCUUUGUUCUGUGCUGGUGUUGUUCCAGUCAUCCUAGUAAUGGUGGACUUCCUGGCUACAGUAAUACUAGUGUGAAAAUCAUUGAGAGGGCCAAGCUACUUUUAAGGCUUUUAUGUAUGAUAAUGAAUCUAGAAAAAAUGUGCAAACCUAGUAACUUAAUUCCUUUGUUGCCCUUUCACUGUUUUUUUCCAAGCACAAGGACAGAAUAAUGUUGGACAGAAUACUUACUUUGGGUGAUGGGCAACCAACUGGGGAUUGAUGGUUGUUUGUGUUAAGCAAGCUUAAAGCAUUGAAAAGCAUUAGUUUUUUUGAGAAAUCUUAUCAGUUACUAAGCAACCUAACUUUUUUUUCCUUCUUGUUUUGAGUUCUUAUAUAGCUACUGUAAGCCUGGUAUUUAAAGUGGAGCUAACUCUAACAGUUACAGGUGUCUAUAGUUGUUAACAUGGUCUUAUCAAUAAAUGUUUAGCUAACACUAUAAUAUUGUGCUUAUUAAAAGAGGUAUAACUGAAUUCUCAGAUACAUCUGCUUUGUGUGAUAAGCUUGAGCCAAGUCUUUGUCCUGUGAGAUGCUGAGAAAAUCUUGGAAUAUAGCUAUCUUCAGCUAAUGUUUAAAUUAGUGAAAGCUGUUCAUGUGAGUCAUUCAAAACUAUGCUUUUAAAUACUGGUCCUUUUUCAUUAAGGGCAACUUGAAUGAGAGCUACACCGGGACUUUCAUGUUUUGAUGGUUUCCAUGUCUGUUGUGUAUAAUUCAUAUUGUUGUAACAUGUUUUGUUUUGUUUUUUUUUAUACACUAGUGUGCAUGAUAUAAAAGUACACUGUAUACUAUAAGCUUUGCUAAGUAAACACUUCUGUAUAUUUUUGUAUGGUGUUUUGACAUGGUUGCAUUAGUACAAAUGGUGGUAAUUCACACCAAGUGCCACUUACCAAUCAUGCUCUGUGGAGUGUUGUGAAUGUUACCUGUACAUUUGUUGUACAAACACGCUAAUGAGUGUUGUGAUGAACAUCUGCCUUUAGUCUUUGCUCAGGUACUGAUGUGGAGCAGUUCGGUGCUUUACCUUCUAACUUGUAAUACUUGGGAUUCUAAGCAGAAAAUAAAAUCAGUGAACAAAAACAUUGUGGUUAGAGCAUUGCUUUCCAUAAUGGACUCUCUUUUUUCACAUCUUAAGCAGAAUGCAGUAAAGGUCAUGCUUGAUGAAGCCUGUCUCAAUAUCUUAACUUGUGCAUCUUAUGCUUUUACAUCUGUCUAGCUAUCUUGAAUGGGAAAUAUAAUAGAAUGAAAAAAAUAUCUGUUGAAUAAUGUAGUUUAUAUACAGCAUCGUGUGUGUGAAACUUGUUCUGUAAUUAGCCUAAUCAGAUUUAAGUUUGCCUCUCAUUUUAGAACAAGGCUUUUACUGUUUUGAGAGAACUUGCUUGAGACUGAAUGUGCAACACAGUGAGCAUAGAAAGUAAUGCAAACACACUCAAGUAUUACCAUGCCACAGUGACUAUGUCAUUACCACAGCAACUUUCUAAGGACUUGAUUUAUUGAAGAUAUGCUUCUACAUAGGCAAUUUGAGAAAAACCCAGUGCUUUGAUCACAUUUGAUCACAUUCAAAAAUGCAGGACGCUGACAUCUGCCUUGGAAAGCGCUUAUUAAACGAGGUGCUGUUCUCCAAGGAGGAAUCAAUGUAGUCCAAUACGUGUAAGUGUACUGAAAGUAUAUUAAUAUGAUUGUGUACUAAUGUUUGACUUUGGAAGAACUGUAACAUAUUGGCAAAGAAAAAAAUGGCAUUAAGUUUUAGCAGACUUAGAUCAAAUAAUUUUUAGUGUAAAUGCUUUUAGCUUAGAAAGUAAUAAUACAAGUUUAUAGAGUUUUCAGGGUUUUUUUUAAGACAACUUAUAGAAAAUACGUUCUAAUUGAAUCUGUUGAUUAUCCACGUGCUUCAUCAGUCAGCCUCCCUGUCUGAAUUCUGUUAGGGGAUACCAUAACAGCCCUAAAGCAAUAACACUUGCUGCAAAUUUACAGAUGUCCUCGACAUGCUUUACUGGUUGAAUAUACUGCAUAUCCCCCACAGCUUUCUUUUGGAGUAAAUCAAAUGAAUGGAAAAAAAUUGAAGUAAAAAUAAAGCAGUGGCUGGAAUAAAACUGCUGCUGUUCUUGCUUUUUGAUAUUUGUUUAUUUAAGUUAAAUAAAGAACUGAAAUGUAAGCCCAAACUGUAAACCAAGUUGGUUUUUUUUUCUUUCCCUUACUGUCAUUGCCUCUAGAGGAAAAAUACCACUUCUUCUUGAUUACAUAAGUUUGUGAACACUCCUGGAGAGGGAAAGGAGGAUUGUGAGGAGAGGUGAUCACAUCAAGAUCGGAGGUUUGGAAGGGUUUGAGCAAACAGCACUGACCAAUCUGUUUUAUGGCUAUUCUGUCUGACACCAAAUUGUAACGGCCUGCUGAAACUUUGCCCCAACAACACUGAGGGAUGUCUGCAAUUGCAGUGGUCAUGGUGUGAAGCAAUGAUGUCAGAACUAAGACAGGAAGUCCCAGGGGGAGAACAUUAAUAUUUAUAAAGAAGACAAUGUAUUAGAAACAAGAGGUAAAUAGCUGGUAUUGAAACACUGAUUUACAAAACAGUAAAUCAGUUCCAGAUGUUCAAACUGGUGAAAUGAUUAAGGAACAAAAUGAUGUGGAUAGCUGAGUAUUAUGAACUGCUGUAGAGAAGAAACAGUUCUAAGAUAAAUAGGUCUAAAAUAAACUUGGUGGGAUGGGAUUCGGGUUAGGAAGAUCUGUUUUUUAGGCAGUAGAACUGAAUCAUCUGUGCUUUCUUUACCACUGCUGUGUGCUAACAGCCCGCCACCUGAAGUGUUAUUGGGCUCUGACUAAUGAAGAUGGGGCACUGGACCUGCAUUUACCAAGGGAAGAGUGGAGGAAAGUAAAGCUGUGUGUGUACACCUGUGCUUACUUGAUGAUAGUCUGUUCAUCUCUUCGACAUGUGGAAAGUGGUGCUCCUGGGACUAUAUGCAAUGCUGGCUGUCAGAGGACUGACAAAGGGUGCUCCUUUCGAACCAGAAGAAAAAUGGAAACCUCUAGAUAAUCCCAGAAACAGAGACUUGUUUUUCAGAACGCUCCAGGCAUACUUUUCCGGUCGGGGUCUCGAUCUCAGAAAUUUCCCAGCUACUUUCACUGUGAACAAUGAAGGACCAAGGCCGGUCAUGUUCUACUCAGAUCCCAUUGCUUCUGCGUUUGCAGAUUAUGAAGAAAGGAAAAAUUCUUUUCCAAACGACUUGAAAGGCUAAAAGAUGCUGCCGACCAAGGUAAAAGAGGAUGCUUUUACAUGUAAGCCAGGGAAAUCCUUGAGUUUCAAGCAAUUCUCAAUUCCAUCUGACAUAUAAAAACAACUUGUUCUUCAGAUGCAAUUAAGCGUGACACCUUAACUCGUGCCUGAAGUUGUUUUGAAAUUGACGAGGUUGAGAUAUGUGAGGUAUUUACUGCUUUUGUAACAGCACACAUUGUGCUUGUGCAGAUCUACGUAGCCUGUGGUCUUAUCUUUAUUUUCAUUUGGAGAAAGAUGUUGAAAAUGUACAGAUACUAAAGAAAACCCACCUUAUCUAUAUAAAUUAUAGAUUGAGACUGUUGAUUUCCUGUCAUGCAUGUAUCAAAAUGCAUUUAUACAUAAGAUACUGCACUAACAAAGCAUAUGGUAUUUGUAUCUGUCUGUGCAUACUGCUUCCUUUACUUCUACCACUAAAAUUGAAGGUUGAAUAAAGUAAUUGUGAGCUCAUUCACACUUCUCCAUAAAUACGAAAUAAAGGUGAAGAGGGCCAAACUUUGAGUUAUUAAUAAAUGCAGCCUCAGUUUAUAGCAAGUACUUCUGAGCUGUUUUAUCUAUGCACAGCUAUACUCUGUAGCAAAUAAAUGAUCUUGUAGCUCAUUUUGAAAGUCAGUGAAUACUGCUGAUUGUGAAGAAAGGCUAACAAUUGUUUUCUCCUGUUUUAUAAGUAGGUGAAGAUCUCAGUCAGAUUUGAAUGUAAGAACUUAGGUGAUUUGUGCAGUGUUUGACAGAGAUUAAUUUGUUAUCAGUGUUCAGUUUUGGAUUUUUAGGUCUGCUUAACUGUUUCUAUUCCUGAACUGUAGGUACAGCUCUACUGUUCCUCUUUGUACGAAUAACAGUCAAGAUUGGCAUUCAGAUGUUAAUAUCCAAGUUUUCUUUUUUACCAAGUUAUUCUCAGUAAUCAAAUCCAACACAAAAAAAAGCCCGGUACUGUGAGCUCUGUGCAUGACGAAUAGGUUAGGACUGGACGCGAGCAGGGAUGCUGUCACUGUGCCAUGCCACAGCAGUGCUGAGAGAACUACCGCAGGAAUCGGCGCUGUGUAAUUCAGCACGGCCACGGUUCCCUCCAACCUUACGAGCGGGGUCUGGUCGCCGUGGUCAGAGCAGGGUGCUGCGCUGAGUGCUUCGCGACGUGCCUCACGCCUUGUUUCCCCUCUCUUUCAGGUGUUAGCUUUCGGACUUCACGCCAGGCGCUCACCUCCACGGCGAAGUGCUGCCGCCUUGCCUUCUUCCCUGCUCGCCGGCAGUUUAAACGUCCCCUCCGCCCCAGCUCUCGCCCUGAGGCGGGUCGCCUCGCUACCAUUCCCAUUUGCUGUCCGUUGGUGUUACGCGUGGUGCUUGGGGGCAGCGCUGGCUGUGUUUAUGUCCGAAUAAACGGGGAAUACCACCCUUGUUCAAAAUAGGUAAAUAAACGUGACCUUCCGGCCUCCCGGAGCUAGGCGGUGUGAGAUGCGGGCGGGGAGGGCGUUAGAUAUUAUUUUACC